AGUUGUUUGACUCUUUAGGAAUUUUUAGGGUUUUAUGAUUUUUUUUUUUUUGCAAAACUGGAAACAAUGAGAAACCCUGAUUGUUCAAUGAUCAUCGUGAAGAUUCUGUAAAAGUUUGUAUUUUUUUUUAUAAUUCGUUUCAUUUUUAGGAAAAAUCUGGCGAUUUUGUAUAGCUAAAAUGGGUUGUCGAUGGAAUCCAAUUGGGUUCCAAUUCUCUUGCUUCAUGUUCUUCAUCAUUACCCUUCAAUCUCGUCCCUCCUUGUCCCUCAAAUCUGAAGGUUUUGUAUUGUUGAAGUUCCGGGCAAGAGUUGAUUCUGAUCCUCAUGGAACUCUUGCAACUUGGAAUGUUUCUAAUGGUCUUGAUCAUUUCUGUUCUUGGUUUGGUGUUACGUGUGUCGACAACAAAGUGCAUAUGCUGAAUCUUAGUGGUUGUUCGUUGGAAGGAACUUUAGCUCCUGAGCUAAGUCAAUUGAGUGAAUUAAGAUCUCUUAUACUAUCCAAGAACAAUCUCUCUGGUGAUAUUCCAAAGGAGUUUGCGAGCUUUGCGAAAUUAGAGUUCUUGGAUUUACGAGAUAACAAGUUAAGCGGCGUUGUUCCAUCCGAGCUAAACAAAGUCUUGACACCGGAAAACUUGUUGCUUUCUGGUAACGAAUUCGCGGGUUUUAUGACUAUAAAGUUUCUGAGACUUCAAUCGCUAUAUAAAGUCCAGUUGAUGAACAAGAACCAAGAUCUGUCUUCGCUUUCCGCUGAUGUCCUCGACUGUGUAAAUAGAAAACUUGGAUACUGUACUGUUUCAAGGAGAAGUCUAAUAAGAACAAACAAGGCAAAGGCUUUUGUAUUGCGGAUCAAAGCAACUACAAGACGUUACAUGGUGCGUAGAGAAUCUCGUGGGAUUAAUUAUGUCUCGAAGUAUCAACCAAGUUAUUCAGAGAACGAAACUAGUAUCUUCAAAAGGCGUGAGUUACUCGAGGGAACAAGUAAUUUAGCGGCAAUGCCAGCCCCUGAUGCUCCUAGUCCUUCUCAAGAGAUUGUAACCAUAGUGAUUCCUCGAAGCAGUGGGUCUUUUCCCGCGUUAGCUAAUGCGAAGAAGAGAAUACCUCCGUUGAUCCCUCCUUCUUCUUCUCCUCCUUCUCCUACUAACAACACGUCUAUUGAUCCACCGAGAAAAUUUGAAGAGAAAUCAAAAGGGUUUAAAGACAUUUGGUUGUAUGUUGUUAUUGGUUUUUCUGCUUUCGUAGCGAUGCUGAUAAUAGUAGCGGUUAUCUUCUUCUGCCGGAAAAGAGCUGUGAAGAGUAUAGGUCCAUGGAAGACUGGUUUGAGUGGACAGUUGCAGAAAGCUUUUGUUACCGGUGUACCUAAGCUAAACCGGUCUGAACUAGAAACUGCUUGUGAAGAUUUCAGUAAUAUCAUUGAAGCAUUUGAUGGUUACACUGUCUAUAAAGGAACUUUGUCAAGUGGUGUUGAGAUUGCGGUUGCUUCAACCGCGAUUUUGGAAACGAGAGAAUGGACAAGAGCUAUGGAAAUGACUUAUCGCAGAAGGAUUGAUACAAUGUCAAGAGUCAACCAUAAGAACUUUGUGAAUCUAAUAGGAUACUGCGAAGAAGAUGAACCGUUUAAUAGGAUGAUGGUUUUCGAAUAUGCUCCAAAUGGAACUCUUUACGAACAUUUGCACGAUAAGGAAAUGGAGCAUCUUGAUUGGAGUGCAAGGAUGAGGAUUAUAAUGGGAACUGCUUAUUGUCUUCAAUAUAUGCACGAGCUGAAUCCACCUAUCGCGCACACUAAACUUGUCUCAUCAGCAAUCUACUUAACCGAUGAUUAUGCAGCAAAGGUUGGAGAGGUUCCUUUCAGUGGACAAACAGGGAGUAAACCGAGGAAACCUAUGAGUGGCGAUUUAGACCAAUCUUCAUUGCCAUUACUAUCUGAACCAGAGACUAAUGUGUAUAGCUUUGGAGUAUUAAUGCUUGAGAUUAUCUCUGGAAAGCUCUCAGAUUCAGAUGAAGAAGGAACAAUUACAGAAUGGGCAUCAAAGUAUCUGGAGAAUGAUAACUUGAGAGAUAUGAUUGAUCCUACGUUGACAACAUUCAAAGAAGAAGAGCUUGAAGCUAUAUGUGACGUGGUACGACAUUGUCUUAGAAUCGACGAAAGCCAAAGACCAAAAAUGAAAGACGUGGUUGAACAGUUGAAAGAAGUAAUAAAGAUUUCUCAAGAACAAGCAACACCAAGACUCUCUCCUCUUUGGUGGGCAGAGCUUGAGAUCUUAUCCUCUGAAGCUACAUAACCAUGAACAAGAACGAUCUCUCUCUCUCUCUCCUUCUUCUCAUCCUCUCCUCUCUAUCUUCGAGUCGUCACACGUGCCAGAGGUUCACAAGCUCUUUCUCUAUCUGUUUACUGUAAACAUCGUCGUUCUUAUAUGUUUUUCUUAAUUCUUUCUAUUCAUUAAAUUUGUAUUCUUGGUUGGUAUUGAUAGUGUAUUUGGAAUCCAGAUCAUAUAUAACGAUGUGCUUGUAUAAUUGUUUGUAUACUAUCCUACAUAUACCUACGUAUAAUUUAACGUC